GUAAAACUUCGAGCUAGAACCGGAUCGGCUUACAAGCGACACUUCAAAUUGGAGAUAGCUGUCGAGGAGCAACGAAGAAUUAGGAACUCGUUCAGAAAGAGAGGGGCGUGGUGCAGAACUGACCUGGAACGAGGCCUGAUAGACUAAAAAACGACAUUAUCGUGUCGUCUUCCUGCCCAGAAUCCGGCGGCCUUUUGGCUCUCUCUCGCUUUGGCUUUCUUUCAUCCUUGGUUGGUUUUCACAGAAACGAAUUGAAAGAUAUUCAAUUGAUGAAGAUCGCACAGCGCUAGGAAUGACUGCCUUCAGUUCCAUCUUCCUGGGUGUUUGGGGAGUGUUUGUCGUCAUUUUGAUAAAAGAGUCGACUCCCGUUUAUAGCUGGAAUGAUUGGUGGUCCUACGAUGGUAAUUCUGGUCCUCUUUUUUGGAGCAUGAAGCCAGAAUGGCGACUCUGUGAAGAGGGUAAAAGACAAUCACCGAUCAAUAUUGAACAUGCUCGAGUGACAUUUAAAAGUACUCUUUUACAACCCCUUCAUCUGGACGAACAUAGAAUUAAUGGCGUACUAGCGAACACCGGUCAUGGCGUCGUAUUUACCGUGGAGAACGAUACUCGCCAUCCCGUCAAAAUGUCCGGCGGCACGCUCGAUUAUCAUUAUCAGUUUCACGAGAUUCAUCUGCACUUUGGUUCGAACGAUUCCAUCGGCAGUGAGCAUACUAUUGACGGACGCGCAUUCCCUGUCGAACUUCAGAUAUUCGGCUUCAACUCGCAGCUCUACAACAACUUCUCAGAUGCCCUGCACAGAGAGAAAGGGAUCGUCGCGGUGUCGCUUCUUUUACAGGUGGGCAAUGUCUCGAACCCGGAGCUGCAAACGUUGACGCAACAGCUGGAUAAAAUCAAAUACAAAGGGCAAACUGUGGAAAUUAAGCAUUUCGGAGUGCGCGAACUUGUGCCGGACACGAAUUACAUGACGUACAACGGUUCCAUCACGAUGCCGGCGUGUCACGAGUCCACCACAUGGAUCAUCAUGAGUAGGCCUAUAUACAUCACCAACUUGCAACUACACGCUCUGAGACAAUUAAGGCGGAAUUUACCGGAUUACGGGAUAAGCGUACCACUUGCGAAUAACUUUAGACCACCGCAACCCCUUCAUGAUCGUAUUGUUUGGGGAGGCCUUCGAAAAUGUGAUGAGCCUAACGAUCACCAUGUACGAACGUCCAUAUGUUUGUUACCUGAAACAAAUGAGGACCAUGACUAAAGCCGCACACAUACGUAAAUUUAAUAAACGAGCAAAUAUAUACAAGAGGAAAUCCCAUUAGACGACAAUGGCAUCGUAUCCGUGGCAUUACUUUUUAAUCCCUAUUUGCAUUGCUACUCUCGGUCAUGUAAUUGUGAUGACCGAAAUAUCAUACAAUCUAAGGAUUAUUACUUAACAAGUAAUCCUGUAGUUUUCUUUUAAAAAUAUCUAAUAAAGUAAAUCUUGCAAAUUAA